CGGCCAUCGCCGAGGGAGGGAGACGCAGCGGGGCAGCCGCGAUCGGAGCCGCCGCCAGGGCAGCCCAGAGGGCGGUGCAAUGGCCUCCCGCAUCCUGCACCGGCUGCGACACGCACUGACUGGAGAAGGGGAGCAGGACGGGCUAGCAGCUUGCCACGCGGAAGUGGACGAGUUUCCGGAAAGCUCUGAGCUGGAGGACGACACCGAGGGCCUCUCUACGCGGCUCAGUGGCACCCUGAGCUUCACCAGCAAUGAGGAGGAGGAAGAGGAAGAUGACGACGACAUCCAUGUGGUGAGACAGGAGCGAGGAGAGUCCCUGCCUCCUGACCUCCUUGCUGAUGCCGCAGAGAAUGGAGAGCACAGCCCCCCCUUGACUGAACACCGGGGCAGUAACAUGCUCACCCGGCAGCUGCAGGAGCUCUGGCGGAAGUCGCGGGGCAGCUUCGUCCCCCAGCGCCUCCUGUUUGAGGUCACCAGCGCCAACGUGGUCAACGAGCGCAACUCCAAGUACGUGCUCUACACCAUCUACUUGAUCCGGGCAGGGCAGUUCGACAAAGCCCCUGCCGCCGUCGCCCGCCGCUACUCGGACUUUGAGCGGCUGAACCGGCGUUUGCGGCGCCAUUUUGGCAGCGACAUGGCCGGCGUCUCCUUCCCGCGGAAACGGCUGCGGUGCAACUUCACGGCCGAGACCAUCGCCAAGCGCAGCCGGGCCUUCGAGCAGUUCCUGUCCCACCUGCACUCCCUGCCGGAGAUCCGCCGCUCAGCGGACUACCUGGAGUUCUUCUUCCUGGACGGCCUGCAGGGGGCGCAGCGCUUGACUCGCAGCGGCGCCUACCAGGAGGCCCUGGCGGCCUGGACCAACGCCCACCGGCUCCAGGACAAGCUGGGCGCCGGCCACUCGGGCCACUUCUUGCUGACCCUGGCCGGCCUGGCGGUCUGCCACCAGGAGCUGGAGCAGCCCGGCGAGGCCCACGCCUCCUGCGAGCAGGCCCUGCGGCUGCUGGAGGCCCAGGACAGCCACCCGCUGCUGGCCCCCUUCCUGCAGGCUCACAUCCACUUGGCCUGGAUGCUGGGCAAGGACAAGCGGCAGGCCGAAUCCCGGCUGCGGGGCCUGCAGGACGCCAGCGUGGGCGGGGUGCCCACCUUGAAGGAGAUGCUGAUCAAGCAGCCCUUGCCCUGAGUCCUUGUGCAGAAGAGGCAGGCCGGGCUGGCACAGCGGUUGGGCUGGCUGAGCCCUGGGUGCAGGACGUGGGGGUGGGUUUGAGAACUGACGCCCAAGCAGAAGGAACACAGAGUCUGUUUAGCGCACACUUUCCUCCGGCUGACUCUACCUUUGCGCGCCAGAGCAGCGCCCGGCCCGUUCCUCUGCCUGAGAGGGAAGGUGACUCGUACUUGAACACUGGAUGGGAAAAGAGAAGGCAGCGUCUGCCACAGGGAACAGGCACUCACAACUGUACAGCACGGGUGGGGGGCUCUGGCAGCCAGCGGUGGGGGCCACUCCCUCUUCUGAGGCAGGUCCUGCCGCCCCCUGCUGCUGCUGCUGCUGCUAGCUGGGACUCCAGCAUCCUGGGCUGGGCGGCGGUGUCGCAACUGCUGCAGUGCCAGAUGCUGGAGAAAGGGAAGUUUCAAGAGAUACCGCAGAGGGGUUCCCCCCCCCCUCCUUGCAGCCUGAG